AUGGCUAAAAUCGACUAUGAAUCUGGAUUUCCAAUCAACCAAGUUGAAGACGACAGUGAGGAAGAUUGCGAGUUACCCGCUGAACUAGCACGACUCCUUGAGCAUGAAGAGAAAGAGAUUCGGCCAUACAAAGAACCUGUGGAUUUCAUUAAGUUGGGUUCUGAAACUGACAAAAAAGAGAUAUCUUUGGAAGAAGAUACUAAUGACCCCAUUGAAAACAACAACAUACAAAAUGAUGAUGAUGAUGAUGUGGAAAACAACAACGUACAAAAUGAAGAAAAUGAUGUGGAAAAUAACAUUCAUGUCAACAUUGAAUCUGAAUUUGAUUCAGAAGUAAUCACACAGAGAAGGAUGUUGUCGAAUUCUGAGAGAAGGAUUAUAUAUGAGGCUUUAUUAGAGAAAAGUGUUGAUGGAAAAUUAAAAAAAGGGGUGACCAAAUUAGUGUCUUCACUGUUUUCAGUUAACAUACGCACAGUACAACGUAUUUGGAAACUAGCUAAGAACAGAGGAGUGCAUGCUGAUGUGACUCAUAAAAAGGUAGGAAAUUGUGGACGCAAAAGAGUCCAUAUAGACCUUAAUCUAGUGCGUGACAUUCCUUUAAAGCAAAGAACCUCUAUUCGGUCUCUUUCUCACGCAUUAGAAGUAAGUACAAGCACAUUGGUAAGAUCUUUAAAGUUGAGAGAAAUAAGAAGACAUUCAAAUGCUAUCAAACCUUAUUUAACAGAAGAAAAUAAGAGAGCUAGAUUACAGUUUUGCGUUGAUAUGCUAGAUAGUGAUAGCAUACAUAAUAAUGAUCCUCGUUUUAAAGGAAUGUAUAACAUUGUUCACAUUGACGAAAAAUGGUUUUAUAUGAAAGAAAAGUCAAGAAAUUUUUAUUUGGUACAGGAUGAAGAAGAUCCCAUUCGUACUUAUAAAAGUAAAAAUUUUAUACCAAAAGUUAUGUUUCUAGUUGCCAUAGCUAGGCCAAGAUUUAAUUUGCAACAAAACGUAACAUUCAGCGGAUUAAUUGGUGUAUAUCCUUUUGUCAUACAAAAGCCUGCUAGAAGAUCUAGUGUAAAUAGACCUGCAGGUACACUUGAGACCAAAGCAAUGACGUCAAUUACUAAAGAUGUCAUGAGAACAUUUUUGAUUCAGAAAGUGUUACCCGCUAUUAAAGAAAAAUGGCCAAGGGAAGAAAUCGGUCAUCCGAUAUUCAUUCAGCAAGAUAACGCAAGAACACACCUUCAUUGUGAAGAUGAAGAAUUUCGUCUAGCCGCCACACAAGAUGGAUUUGACAUUCGAUUAAUGUGUCAACCUCCAAAUUCACCUGAUUUAAAUGUUUUAGAUCUUGGUUUUUUCAGUUCAAUACAAGCCUUACAACAUAGAGAGUCUCCUAAUUCUAUUGAUGAACUUGUGAGUGCAGUUGAUAAGUCUUUUCAAGAAUUUGAAGUUACCAAAUCAAAUCAUAUAUUUUUAACACUUCAAUCAUGUAUGAUUGAAAUUAUGAAAGCAAGAGGUUCCCACAACUAUAAAAUUCCACAUAUGAAGAAAAAAAUGUUGGAAGCUAGAAAUCAAUUGCCAUCACGGUUAAAAUGUGAUAACCAAUUAGUGCAAGAUGUUAUGGGAUAUUUAGAUAUUGUUGCUGAUGAUUAA